AUGCGGACGCUGGGCGCGAGCCGCGGACUCGGGGCGGAAUACACGCGGCAGCUGCUGCAGCGGCCCAACUACCAGGUCGUCGCGACGUGCCGGCGCCCGGAGAACAGCGCGGAGCUCCAGGAUCUCGCGGCCGAGCACGGCUCCCGGCUGACGGUGCUCCCGCUCGACGUCCAGGACGAGGCGAGCAUCGCCGCGGUCGCGCGGGACGUCCACGCGCGCCACGCCGCCGGCGUCGACCUCCUCAUCAACGCGUCCGGCGUCCUGCACAUCCCCGACACCGGCCUACAGCCGGAGACGUCCAUCAGCAGGCUCGAGCGCGACAACAUGAACUACUCGUUCGCGGUCAACGCGAUGGGUCCGCUGCUGGUCUGCAAGCACUUCGUGCCUCUGAUGCAGCAGCGCAGCGGCAGCGAGUCCGGCGCGGGCGCACGGCCGCGCGUGAUCGCCAACAUGAGCGCGCGGAUCGGCAGCGUCGCGGACAACGGCCUCGGCGGGUGGUACUCCUAUCGGGCAUCCAAGGCGGCUCUGAACCAGAUGAGUCGGUCUCUCUCGAUUGAACUUGAACGGAAGAAAGCGGGGGUCGCCGUGCUGCUGCUGCACCCGGGGACGUGCGACACGGGCCUCACGAAGCCGUUCCAGAAGAACGUGCCCAAGGAGAAGCUGUUCACGCGGGAGCGGGGCGUGCGGCAGCUGCUGGGGCUCAUCGACGGCGCUACGAUCGACGACAACGGGAGCUUCUGGGCGUGGGACGGGCAGACGAUUCCGUGGUAG